UCCAACCGAUCGCCAUCGCGCAAGCGAGCACUCAGCGCGGCAGCAUUUAAGACACCACCGGUCUCUUUACUUGUACUGUAACACUAUCUAAGUCUACAUAAUACUUUACACAAAGCCAGCCAGCACACAGUGCGGGGACCGUUUAUGUUCGCCCUGUGUAAUCUUGUUGGAAUCCUGUAGCGCUCUGCGCAUUUAGCCUGAGCCUGAGCGUAUGAGUGUUGCUUUGGCGUUUCCCUGGGGGGACAAGGUCGCGCAAGUACGCUUCACGACGCCUGAACCCUGGCGAGCUGCCGAGGCGUCGCUGGUGUGCAGCUCUGGCGCGACCUAUGCCAGCGUUUACGUAGCCUGUAGCUGCGUGGAUUGCAGUGGGAAACCCCUGCAGGCAUUCCGCAACGGAGGCAACAUCCUCAGCCUUGAGGCGUGGGCUCGCCACGCGCGGGUAUCCACCGAUGAAAUUCAAGUCUCUGAGUAUGCUGCUGGCUUGGAGGUCGCGCCGAUGCCGCUGUUGGCGUGGCUUCAGGCCGCUGGCUCGCGGCUCGGCGGCCAGUCGCUCAAACGCCGACAAGUGAACGUCUUCUGGUGGAAUGGCGCCGCCACCGAAACCGAGGCUGCCGCCACCAUCAUUGCCGCCGAGUCCGAGCAGAUCUCGAACCGCGCGGUCUCGGUGGCACCCAGCUCGAGCGGGGGCCCGGCCGCGGGGCAGCAGGCUACGACUGCAUACCCAGGGUUUGGCACGUGGCGUGCCGCCACGAUUCGAGGCUUCGACGCCGCUACGGGCCGCUUCGAGGUCAAGUACCACGAUGAGCCCAAGCGCUCCACCGCCCACCUGCUGCUGCCGCUGGCGGUCCUGCACUUCGCGCGCAAUCCCCCGCCCGACGCCCAAUCCGUCCGCCCCUCGCCCGAGCUACUGCCGCCUCCGCCGCCGUCAGCUGCUGCUGCUACUGCUGAUAGUGAUGAUGGCGGCGCCAGCGGCGCCGCGGGUGGUGGUGAUGGCGGCGGCGCCGCCGCCGCUCCCGACGGCGGCGCUGGCAACAACAGCAAGGCCACCGCCGCCGCCGGCACCAACGGCAUCACGGAGGAUAUGCUGCUGCACGAGGCCGCCACCGCCACGCCGCCAGCAGCGGCCGCCGCCACAGCAGCCACAGCGGAUGGCGGCGGCGGUAGCGGCGGUGGUGGCCGGCGGGCCCUGAAGCGCCGCGCAGGGGCGCAGCCGCAGCCGCCGCUGGCGCCGCCAUUGCCAGCAUCCCUGCUGUAUGGCGCCUCGAGUGCUUCGGUGUUUGCUGCCUCUGCGCCGGCGGCGGCGGCGGCCGCCUCUGCCGCCACCACCUUGGCCGCCUCCGCCUCCGCCUCCGCCUCCGCCUCCGCCUCGGCCUCCGCCGCCUCCUUCGCCACCGCAGCCGCCGCCGCUGCGCGGCUGCGCUGCUGCCGCAGCAGCAGCACCUGUCUGCCCAUGCUCGAGUCCGCCGCCGCCGCCGCCGCCAGCGCCGCCGCUGCCGAUGCCGCCGCCGAAGCUGGAUUCCGUGAGCAGCCGCCGGCGACGCAGCAGCCUUACCAGCCUUACAUUUCGCCGGCGGCGCCGCUGUUGUGGCUUGUGUCGCCGGCGGCAGACGUGGCGGCGGCAGCGGCGGCGGCGGCGGCCGUCGACGCCCGCUCCUUCAAUGCAACGGCUUGUCCUUAUGUCCAGGAGGACGAUUGCGUGAUGUUUGGUUUUGAGGAAGACGUCAGUAUGCACCAGCAGCACCAGCAGGAGCAGGAGCAACCGCUGUGCAGCACACGCGGCGCUGCCGCCGCCGCUGCCGCCGCCGCUGCCACCGCCGCUGCCGCCGCCGCCGCCGCUGCGCCGAAGCUGGGCCCUCUCCUGUCCUUCUGUGCCGCUGCCACCUCCACUCGCGGGGGCCCGGCGCCGCAGGCGCUGCCGCCGUUCCUCCCUGCGCCUUCGUCUGAAGCGUGUGUCGUCGCCCCAACAAUGGCCGCCGCCGCCGCCGCCGCUCUGUCAGCUCCCGGCGGCGGCCCCAUUGCCGCGGCUGCCGGCGGCGGCGGCGGCGGCAGCAGCAGCAGCGGCGUGCCUGCUGCUGGUCCAAGGCUGUCGCUAAGCCGGAUCGUCCCUCCGGCGCCGUCGGCGGUUUGUGCCGCCGUGGCCACACCCGCGGCGGCGGCGCCGUCGCCACCACCUAUGCCAAGUGAGUGGCUGCCGCAGCUGCAGCAGCACCAGCACCAACAGCAUCGGCAGCAGCAGGUGCAGCAGCAGCAGCAUCGGCAGCUGCAGGUGCAGGCGCAGAUGGCGGCACAGGUGCAGGCACUGCUACAGCCGCCGGCAGCAGUCCAGCAGACAACAACCGCCGCCGCCGCCGAGCUGCUGCUGCCCUCGGAGGCGGCGGCGGUGGCGGCGGCGGUGGCGGCGGCUGCCAACCGCUACAGCCACCCACCGUCGCCGCCCGUCUGUUCUUCUUGGGACCUGGCAGCUACAGCUGCUACAGCCGGUCUCGGCGGCGUCCGCGCUUCUGGCGUCGGCACGCUCACACCUGAAGGCACGCUCACACCUGGCGUUGGCACUCUCACACCUGGAGGCUCGCCGCCCCACCCCGCGGCAGUAGUAGCUGUUGCUGCUACUGCCGCCGCACAGGGCACACCCGCCGGCCCUUGGAACACUGCGCCUUCGUCGGCGGGUGCCGCAACGCUGCCUCUGCUGCCGCUGCUUCCCACCCUGCAGGGCACAGCAGGCGCCAGCAACCAACAGCACCAGUACCACCAGCACCUCUUCCCGCAGCCGCCGACGCUGCGUCCGGUGCCGCCAGGCCUGGCGGCCGCAUUGGGCCCGGGCGGCCUUGAGGCCGCAACCCACCACCAGCAGCAGCUCCAUCAGCAGCAUCAGCAUCCCCGCCCCCAGCUGCCGCCACCGCUUCAGGGAAUCCCGGGCAUGCCGCCCACGACGGCUGGUUACGGCGGCGGCGGCGGCAGCGGCGGCGGCUCUUCUUACGGCAGCGGCGGCGGUGGUGGCUUCGCCUUUGGCCACCAGCAGCACAUGCAGAUGCAAAUGCAAAUGCAACCGGCGCCAGAGCUGCUGGCGGCGGCGGCGGCUGCGCCGCCGCCGCUGCUGCAUCCGCUGCUGCAGUCACACUACUUCCACCAACAGCAGCAACAAGCCACGGCGGCGGUUGUGAAGGUGGAGGCGGAGGCGUCGGCGGCAUCUGCGAUGAACGCUGAAGGCUGUAGCAGCGCUAGCAGUGGCGGCAAUGACGAUGGUGGCUACUGCGGUGAAGGGCGGCGGCGGCUACGGCGGCAGCACUCACCCGUGUUCCAACCCGGGUUCCACCCCGCCGCGUCAGUGUCCACUGAGGAGACCCCCACGUACGCCGCCGUGAAUCCUGCUGCUACGGCGGCCGCUGGCGUCGCCGGCGCCAUUGCGGCCGCCGCCGGUGGCUACUGCCUUGGCGGCCUUGGCGGCUGUAGCAGCGGCGGCGACGGCGGCGGCGUGUGGCGCCAGACUUCGGAGGCUGUAGCACUGGCAGCUCUGAUGGAGGAGUGGUCGCAGCAGCAGCCGUGGUGCGACAUGGAGGAGGGGGAGGGAGCGGCGGCAGAGGGAGCGGCAGUGCUGGCAGCCGGCGGCGGCGGCUGCGGCCGGCGGCGCCUGACGCAUGUGCUGUUGAGCAGCGGCUUUGGCGAGAGCUGCUGCGAGAGCGGGUAUGGCGUCGGCGGCGGUGUGGCCGAUGAUGAUGACAUGCUAUUGAUGUUGUAAGGAUGAUGGUUAGAGUUGAUUGGCUUGCUUGAGCGAACCUUUGUGUGUGAUGUGUGUGUGUGUUUGGCUCGGGCUCUCGCGCUGACUCUGGCGCAUUUAUAGAGGGUGGGAGGGGAGGGUUAUGUGCCCGAGCCCAACGAAAACGCCCCAUUACAAGAGGGAAGGAACAGACCGCCAAGUAAGCAUAUUCGCACUCGAAUGCAGGCGGGCAGGUAAGCGGCGGGCGGGCAGGCGCGCAGGGAGCGCAUGCUCAGACCCCACCAGUACGGUGUGGGGGGGGGAGAGUAAAGUUGACCAUUCUUGAUUCGGUGCGCUUUCUAGUAUUCCUUCUCGAUAUCUACAUGCGCGCGUUAGUUACAUUACUACAUACAACCCCGGUGCUACCUGCCCUGGAGCGAGUUGAUUGCAUGGCUUGCAUUAGUUGAUUGAUUGCAUAUGAGCGAGUGGGAGUUUGCAUUUUGGCAGGCAGGAAGAUGUAGUUUGCGUGGUGCGUUACGCAGUUGGCUUGCUCACAGAUGCCGUGGCUUGGCGGCGGUCAGGGGCGGGUCCCGACGCUGCUGUCCUUCAAAAACGCAUGCAUGGGUUUCAUGGGUUGCUGCUGAUGGUGAUGCGCGUCCAACUCCGUCAUCCGCAUCCUUGCUUCUUGAAAGCUUUCGCACAGCAGAAAAAGCGAGGUUCCAUUCACGCACCGCGAUGUGUGAGUUUGCUUGCGGCGGUUUGCUUGACGUUUGACUUCGGACUCUUGGCUGGCCCCUGCUGGCCCCGCACACCGUUACCGCACCGUACCAUACCGUUACCGUACCGUACCGCAUUGUUUGUUUACCUUGCUCGCUCGGGCAUGCUUCUCGGCGGUGCCGUAGCCGACCGCACGCACGAGGCCCCUACCUCGCUCCAGCUGGGACGGGCGCGGGCGCCAUGCUGCGCAUGAUGUGGAUGAUUCAGAUUAGGCACGUAGAAGGACUACGUCAUGGAUGAUUCGGAUGAUGAUAACGCACGCCGCAUGCUUUUGAUGAUGAGCGCAUUGACGAGUGUUGCGGAACUAAUGCGUACGCAGAUAGACCAGAGCGGAAGGCGGAGUGGGCUUGCAGACAGUAUUAUGGUACGAUCGGCAUGACGGCACCCAUUGGGGGCAGUGUGGAUCGAUGUGUGUGCGCCCGUCAAGUUGUAAUUUAAGGCGGCAGCGUUGAGUGGGUGUGUGCGACCAGUGGAGCGAGCAUUUGACAUGUGGUACGUACGUCUUGGGGUGCGCGCUAAGGAGGGCAGGCGGUGCGUGUGUUUGUGAGGUGCGUGCCAGUCGCGAGCCGCAGAGAGCGCGAGACUGCAUCUAGGGACCCGGGGCCACCUAGCAAGCUAGGGAAUUAGCUGCACCCUACGGGACUUCACCAACCUGCCUUAGCACUGUCCCGUCGCACACACCUGGCAAGCGCGGCUGUGUGGGUGGGUCAGAGGGCCGCCGGCCCGCGGGCGUGUGAAACGCACACGAAAGACAUGUACCGCAACGGUACUGAGGGCGUGUGUUGGCGUUUAGAGCAUACAUAUAUACAUACGUACGUGAAACUCGGUGCGUCUGUGCACAGGCAUGUCGGAAGACUCCUGUGAUGAAAUCGAUAGAUCCCGCGCACGCGGUGUUUGCGUGCGCUAAGCGGAGCGAGCCGCCUUGCCGUGCAGGCGUGAUGCAUUGCUCUCAAACCAGCAUUUGUUUGACUUAUGUGCCUAAGGCGCUCGAAGUAUGUGUGUGUUACGGUACGGUGGUAUACGGCGCGCACGUGCCACUGUAUCUGUUCGUGCGGCCUGGAGUAAUCGGCAUCUUGAUAUGUGUGUGUUACGGUACGGUGGUAUACGGCGCGCACGUGCCAUUGCAUCUGUUCGUGCGGCCUGGAGUAAUCGGCAUCUUGACUGGUUCAGACUCAGUUGCCACACAGACCAAAAAGUAGGUCAGCCGGCACGCACGGUACGACAGCGGGUGCCGAGCGGGGUGGGGCGGCGGAUAAUGGGCUAGGACACGAUUAGGGUGAUGGCAGGGCAUGGCGGGUUAACGCCGGCAGAAACUUGAGUGCGGAGGCGAAGCGCGGACACGCGGAGGGAAUCGGCUAGACUCCGUGCAUGUCUUGAAGCUUCCCUCUUGAAAUACGUAGCUCGAGUGAAUGCCUUGGCUUGUCGAAUACGGUAUGCACUUGAGGAGCUUCUUUGAUGAAUUCUUGUUUGGGGACACUGCUAGAUAGCUACCAAACUGUGUAAGUCUGUGUAGCAUCCCGGAGUUAGUUAUGCUUGCCGGAGUAUGUUCUUGAUGUUGUGGCAACCGUGCCUGGCGCCGCCUAGCGCCGUGCGGUGCGGGGGUAGGGAUCCUCUUGUUUGUUGUGCGCAUUGCGGGGACUGUACCGUAUGAUGCCA